GCUGCAGUGCGCAGGCGCGGUGACUGAGGCCGAGCGGAGCGGAGAGCGGGCGAGGCGGACACCGCUGCACGCUGGCGAGCGAAAGGCCGGCGGAGGCACAGGAACCCGAAUCACGCAUUAAGUAUGGAAGCUAUCGCCAAGUACGAUUUUAAGGCCACGGCCGACGAUGAGCUGAGUUUUAAGCGCGAAGACAUCCUGAAGGUUUUAAAUGAAGAAUGUGAUCAGAACUGGUACAAGGCUGAGCUGAAUGGAAAAGACGGCUUCAUCCCAAAGAACUACAUUGAAAUGAAACCACACCCGUGGUUUUUUGGGAAAAUCUCUAGAGCAAAGGCAGAGGAACUGCUCAGCAAACAAAGGCACGAUGGAGCCUUCCUCAUACGAGAAAGCGAAAGUGCGCCCGGUGACUUCUCACUCUCAGUCAAGUUUGGAAAUGACGUACAGCAUUUUAAAGUAUUGCGUGAUGGAGCAGGGAAGUACUUCUUGUGGGUAGUGAAGUUUAAUUCGCUGAAUGAACUGGUGGAUUAUCACAGAUCAACAUCUGUGUCUCGGAACCAACAGAUCUUCCUGCGCGAUAUCGAGCAGGUCCCGCAGCAACCCACAUACGUGCAGGCACUCUUUGACUUUGACCCGCAGGAGGAAGGUGAGCUCGGCUUCCGCCGUGGUGACUUUAUCCAGGUUCUAGACAACUCAGACCCCAACUGGUGGAAGGGCAGUUGCCACGGGCAGUCAGGCAUGUUCCCUCGCAACUAUGUCACUCCAGUCAACAGAAACAUUUGAUGGACAGCAGUGCUGAAACCUGAAGGCAAUCACGGCUCCCCCGUGAACUUAACAGUCUGUAUGGAACUUCAAACUAGAGCGCCAAAACCAAUUCUGAGGUGGAACAGAAAAGCUGAGCGAUUUUACCAAUAGGUUUCCACAGCUGCUUCCCCCUCUUCUCUGACCCAUCCCUCCCCUCUUCUCUUCCCUCCCCCUGUAAAUCUGUGCAUGGAUUAUAAUUCCAUUACUCUAAUCCUGUUGUAGAAUUUAAAUGUUUUUUCUCUAUGCAAAUAUUGGAUAAUCUUAUCAGCAAUGUAACACAGGCCAGAGGUCAGUAAAAGUCCUUGCAUUUGGGGCUUUUCAAAAGAAAACUAAUCUUUCUUGGCCUUGUUCAUUUUCAUUUGGAAUUCCUGCUUUUCUUUCUUUGUACAAGUUGCUAAUUUAGCUUGUCCUUGGAAAUAAGCCUAACGUUUCUUUUAGCAACUAGCAGCUAUAGGAAUCAUGUACAAAUUGUCAAGAUGAUCUGUAAUUUUAGAGAAUAACUUGGCGGCUUUUAUCAAAAGCAUGUUCUAGGAGUUUAUACAGGAGGUUGGGCUGCUAAUGGUUUUAAAGGUGUUUGGCUAAGCACUUUCUAAAUUCUGUCUUCAUAGUGCCUUUUGAUUUUUUUUCCCUGUCCUGAUUUUUCUUAUCUUUUGCUCUAAAUUCACUUCGAUAACUGAGAGCUUCAAGUCAGUUGAUGGGCAAAUAUUGGGCAUUUCACACUGAUGUGCCAUUGGCUAUCUGGCCUGUGACUGGGGUGGGGAUGUUGACUGAGACCAGGUAUGGGGAAUCCAGCUGUUUGGUAUUUGAACACUGUUCUAAAAUGUUCCCAAAUGACCUUUGUCGCCAUUUUCCUCUCCACUGCAAACUGCAGCUGCAGUUGACCAGCAGGUUAAAUAUUUUUCAUUUGUAAAGCUAUGUUUGUCAUGCCAAGUUUAAAAAUAUACUAGCAUCGCUAAGGUUUGUAUAACAGGUGUACUUUGAAUAUGAUGCGUGAGUCAACAAAGGGAUUAAUUCUUCAGGCUCUUUCAUUGAAUCCCUGCUACCUGCUCCCUCUGCCCACUGUGGAGUAGGGCUAACUACAUAAUCCUGCUUUUCUCUUCACAGCCAGUUUGCACCAUUCAGCCCAGCUCAUCCGCUCCAGCCAGACUAAUUAUAAACACAGCAAUGGUUCUGCUGUGUUACUGGGGGAGCUGCAGAGUUUCACCUGCCCAUCUGGAUAAUGGGAGUUUGAUUUUUUUUUGAGCUGAACACAUUAUCUGAUGACAUAACUGAGAAAUUCUAGUUCUUAAUGAACUUCGGUUUUUAAAGCUGUCUUGCAUUUUAUUAAAUUCUUUGCUUCUAUCACAAUCAAGCACUGUAAUAAUUUAUUUCUUAGGCCAUUUUGCUUUUUAAGUGAAAAUUAGUUGCAAUUGAACCGAUGUUGAAAGUUACUGCUGUUCAGGCCUAUUGCCUUCGAUCCAUAGAAAUGACAGCUAUUGCUGCUCCUUGCAUGGGUGAUCCCAGCCCAGUUACACUUUGCCAAAUCUGUCAUGAUCAAUAAGCCUGCUGUUUGGAAUUGUGGUGUCUCCUUGGCCACUCGGGCCACCAAUGUGACAGUGUAUGCCAGUUAUGGCCACCCAGUGGUCUGAAUGUGGCAACUGCAAAAUUCCUGGUGGUACAGGGGCAUCUUGGAGGGGCAGGCUAGAUGGAUAAAUGUCCUAAUAUCUAUUGUAUGUUUCUUGCCUUUGUUAGCAAUGGAGAUUGAGAAACUUCAUGCAGAGAAAUUGAGGGUGUUGGUAGGUCAUUGAAAGAAUUCACCAGUCCAAGAAAAGAGGAACAUUUCCCAGAGUUGUCACUGGAAAGUUCUGGAGCCAGUAUGUGGGCAUUCACUACAAAUAUGGAGUAAGGUUAGUGUGUUUAAGUUGAACCAUGGAAAGGUGACCCCAUCUGGUUACUACUGCUAAAAUGGUGGAAGCAGUCUCUGCAUGGCACAGGGUUAGAUAGUACCUCAAUGUUAAAGGAUGUCUUGGCAUCAAAUGAAAAGGCAGAGAUGGAGAUCAUUUGAUGAGAAACUGGAUUCAUUCAAAUGUUAGCAUUCACCAGAUGCAGCCUGGGGAUUGGUGGGGAUAGGGGCAUGAUGACAAUUCUGCAGUCAAGAGGUCUGAGGACACUUCAAACAGGCUCCAAAGCAGACAGGUAUUAAAGUUCAGUCUGUUCCCUGGUAUCAUCUGCCCUAAUCUCUGUGGUGCUGGUAGUUCCUCCUCCACUAUCCUUAUUUUCUCUUUACCAUGCCUGUGAUACAACGCAUUGACAUUAAAUAUAUAUAAUUAAUUGUAAACAGCAGCUUGUCUGUUCAUUGAUGUUUGGUUUUUGUUUUGCUGAUUUGACCAGUUAGAGCUACCACCUAUGCAUUAAGUACAAUGACAAGAACACAUCUGGUUCAGCGCCUGUGCAAUCUAAUUUCCUGCAGGCACUUUCAAGGCCUGUCAAUAGAUCACUUGAUUUAAAGGAGACAAUAAUACUUCUCACUGAAGGCUAGCGAGCCAAAUGGUGGGUAAUCACAUAUGUCUGGGAUUGACAUUGGACUAUCCACUUAAACAUUUACAGCCUCUGAAACCACACACAAACUCAUCAGUAUUGGCAGGUGGAACCCACCCAGUCCGGGUAACUGCAUCAGAAUGCAUGUGUUAUGAGGCAUCAAAUCUGAUUAAGAUUGAAACUACACAAUCUGUACCAAGUCUGGAUAAUGUUGAGGAAUGUGUAGAAGGGAGCUGAAUAACAAAAUGAUCAGGGAUCUAAUUGAAGUAUGAUAAUUCUGGUUAGCCUCUGGGGUCAGAUUACAGGCAGUACUGGGAACCAGGAGGUUUGACUGUGAUGUGGGGGUUGGUCUGAAAUUAAAUUUUGUUUCCUGGAGUCCAGUAACAUAUUAAUUUAACUUGAGUUUUCUACUUUACACUGGGAAACUGCUAAGAAAUCAUGAGACUAAUGAGAUUGAGCUUUCCACUACACACUAUCACCCAAACUAUCAAACUGUGUGUGAGAGCUUUUGACAAAUGGACCAAUUGAUUGUUUACUGUUUUUGAAUUGGUGUAUUAUCAUAAGCCUUGCAGACAUUUCGUGUAUAUAUUAAACAAAUCAAUGUUAAAAUGGAAAGGCCUGUGUACUUAUCCCGUGAUUCUCAAUGCAUUUGGUAGCUAGAAAUUAACUGUGAAUAAUAAAAUGCUGUGUAUUCUUCA